AAAGCCAGAGGUCUGCACAUGCAAUCAUCAAACCAUCAUCACCUUCUGUGGGCUGUUCCCAGUGCUGGACUGGCUUCCCCAUUACAACGUCAAGACGCAAUUGCUUGGAGAUGUCAUAUAUGGGCUCCUAGUGGAGAUAGCUGCCAUCCCUCAGUCCAUCUCCUACUCCCUCUUAGCCAACCAGUAUCCCAUCUACGGAAUCUACACCACCUUCUUCUGCAAUAUCAUCUAUGUCACUAUGGCCAUGUCACGCCAUAACUUCGUGGGCUCCUUUGGCGUCCUGUGCCUGAUGACUGGGCAGUCUGUGAACCGGCACCUCCUGCUAGCAGGGUUCAGUGACAGCAAUGCUGGCUCUUCGCUGGUGGGCAACUCAACCUCCUUCAGUAACGGGACGGGUGCCUGUGACAGCAGCUGCUACGCCAUCACUGUGACCCUUUCCUUCAGCUUUCUGGUUGGUCUUUACCAGAUCCUGCUGGGGGGUUUACAGCUGGGCUUUGUGGCUGUCUACCUGUCUGAACCUCUUCUCGGUGGCUUUAUGACUGGCUCCAGCCUCACCAUUAUCACCUCCCAGAUGAAGUAUCUCCUGGGACUGAAAAUACCUCAUCACGAAGGGGUGGGGUCCUUCAUCCUGGCAUGGAUUGACCUUUUCAGAUAUAUCCAGAACACCAACAUCUGUGACCUGGUCACCAGCCUGGUUGCUUUGGCCAUUAUAGCGCCUGUCAAAGAGAUCAAUGACUGGUAUAAGGAGAAGAUGAAGGCCCCAUUCCCCAUAGAGUUGCUGGUGGUCAUUGUAGCCACAGUAAUGUCUUACUACUUUAACUUCGAAGAGUGAUACAAGUCUGCUGUUUGUGAGUAUAUCCCCACUGGUUUCAGGAAACCCACUCUACCAGGUAUAAACCUGUUUUCCAGCCUGGCAGUUGAUGCUGUGCCCAUUGCUGUUACUGGCUUUGCCAUGACUGUCUCCCUGGCGGCAAUCUUUGGCAAAAAGCAUGGCUACGCUGUCCGUGCCAAGCAAGAGAUGAUUGCUAUUGGCAUGUACAACCUGAUCCCUUCUUUCUUCUACUACUUUGCCAGCUCUGCAGGCCUGACCAAGACUCUGCUGAAGGAGUCCAUAGGGACUCAGACUCAGGUCUCCAGCCUGGUCACCUCCCUGGUGCUGCUGCUAGUGCUGCUGUGGAUCGCCCCGCUCUUCUACUUGCUGCAGACCUCCAUCCUGGAGGUGGUCACCAUUGUCAACCUGCGGGGACGUCUGAGGAAGGUCCAUGACAUGCCCCACAUGUGGCGUCUCAGCAAGCUGGACAUGGUGGUGUGGUGGACAACCAUGCUGUCCUCCACACUGAUCACCACAGAUAUUGGGCUCCUUGUGGGCGUCUUCUUCACUCUGCUCUGCAUCAUCUUCCGCAUGCAGAGACCCAGGGCCAUGCUCCUGGGCAAGGUCAGCAACACGGAAAUCUGUGAGGACCAGUCCACUACUUACAAGCAGCUCAGCAGUAUUGCCAACAUCAAAAUCUUCCUCUUUGAGUCAUCCCUCUACUAUGACAACAAGGACUAUUUCAAGACUGUUCUCUACCAGAAAACUGGGGUAAAUCCUAUCCUGCUGGCUGCUAAGCAUCAGAGGGUGGAAGCUGAGGCAAAUGCAGACACAGGCAACAGCAGGAGCUUUUUUGGCACCAGGUUUGGCUGCCUGAAACCUGCCAAGAAAAGGUCUGAGAAGCCUCCAGCAGAUGCCUGUCCUCCCUCUAUAAAUAUGCACACCUUAAUCCUUGACUGUGGGGCAAUGCAGUUUGUAGAUACUGUGGGUUUUUCCGUGCUAAAGGAGAUACAUCAUGACUACAAGGAGAUUGGUGUCCAGGUGCUCCUGGCCAGCUGCAACCCUUCCAUCCGCCACAGGCUCCGGGAGGGAGGCUGGGCUGGCGAGACAGACAGUGGUGGUCACCUGGCUUUCCACAGCGUCCACGGUGCAGUGCAGUUUGCUGAACGGUGGUACCAUGUGCAGCAGGAGGAGAGCAAGGAGAAGAAGGGUGCUCUCCUGAACCCUGACGGCCUGAACAUCCAGGCAUCUUUGCAGACCUGUUUCUGA